UUUUAUAUCCACUAUUCUGAAAUGACACUGUUGAUACUGAGGUUUUAUAUCCACUAUUCUGAAAUGACUCGGUCACUGUUGAUACUGAGGUUUUAUAUCCACUAUUCUGAAAUGACUCGGUCACUGUUGAUACUGAGGUUUUAUAUCCACUAUUCUGAAAUGACUCGGUCACUGUUGAUACUGAGGUUUUAUAUCCACUAUUCUGAAAUGACUCGGUCCCUGUUGAUACUGAGGUUUUAUAUCCACUAUUCUGAAAUGACACUGUUGAUACUGAGGUUUUAUAUCCACUAUUCUGAAAUGACACUGUUGAUACUGAGGUUUUAUAUCCACUAUUCUGAAAUGACACUGUUGAUACUGAGGUUUUAUAUCCACUAUUCUGAAAUGACUCGGUCCCUGUUGAUACUGAGGUUUUAUAUCCACUAUUCUGAAAUGACACUGUUGAUACUGAGGUUUUAUAUCCACUAUUCUGAAAUGACUCUGUUGAUACUGAGGUUUUAUAUCCACUAUUCUGAAAUGACACUGUUGAUACUGAGGUUUUAUAUCCACUAUUCUGAAAUGACUCGGUCACUGUUGAUACUGAGGUUUUAUAUCCACUAUUCUGAAAUGACUCGGUCACUGUUGAUACUGAGGUUUUAUAUCCACUAUUCUGAAAUGACUCGGUCACUGUUGAUACUGAGGUUUUAUAUCCACUAUUCUGAAAUGACACUGUUGAUACUGAGGUUUUAUAUCCACUAUUCUGAAAUGACACUGUUGAUACUGAGGUUUUAUAUCCACUAUUCUGAAAUGACUCUGUUGAUACUGAGGUUUUAUAUCCACUAUUCUAAAAUGACACUGUUGAUACUGAGGUUUUAUAUCCACUAUUCUGAAAUGACUUGGUCCCUGUUGAUACUGAGGUUUUAUAUCCACUAUUCUGAAAUGACACUGUUGAUACUGAGGUUUUAUAUCCACUAUUCUGAAAUGACUCUGUUGAUACUGAGGUUUUAUAUCCACUAUUCUGAAAUGACACUGUUGAUACUGAGGUUUUAUAUCCACUAUUCUGAAAUGACUCGGUCCCUGUUGAUACUGAGGUUUUAUAUCCACUAUUCUGAAAUGACACUGUUGAUACUGAGGUUUUAUAUCCACUAUUCUGAAAUGACUCUGUUGAUACUGAGGUUUUAUAUCCACUAUUCUGAAAUGACAUGGUCCCUGUUGAUACUGAGGUUUUAUAUCCACUAUUCUGAAAUGACUUGGUCCCUGUUGAUACUGAGGUUUUAUAUCCACUAUUCUGAAAUGACUUGGUCCCUGUUGAUACUGAGGUUUUAUAUCCACUAUUCUGAAAUGACUCGGUCACUGUUGAUACUGAGGUUUUAUAUCCACUAUUCUGAAAUGACUCGGUCACUGUUGAUACUGAGGUUUUAUAUCCACUAUUCUGAAAUGACUCUGUCACUGUUGAUACUGAGGUUUUAUACCCACUAUUCUGAAAUGACACUGUUGAUACUGUAAGGAGGUUUAAUCAUGAGAUGUCGCCACUUUGAAAAGAAACCUUUCUCUUUCUUAGGGGAAGGAGUGUUUUAUUAAAUGUUUACUGCUUCCA